AUGGUAGCCAAAUUUAUGACUUCGAAAGACAUCUUAUGGAGAACAGAUACUCCAUACGCUCCAUGGCAAGGAGCUUUUUAUGAACGACUCAUCAAAUCAGUGAAGCACUCACUAUACAAGGCCAAUGGAAAAGCGAUACCGACUAUCGAAGUUCUAACCACAUUUCUAGUUGAAAUCGAGGGGACUCUCAAUACUCGCCCGCUCACGUACCAGGAGGAGCACUGGGAAGAUCAACCCAUAAUACACCCAAUCGACUUCAUCCAGCGUGAUAUGAUCAUUACAUACUCAAUGGAAGGGGUAGGAGAGAUGUCAGGUAAUGCUGAUUAUCACGAACCUGGAGAAAUACUCCAGCUUCAAACGCGACGUCAGACAAAAGAAGCCCUUCGUAGUUCUUACUCGCUCACAUAA